AAAUACAGACUUAAUUUCUUAUUUAUGAAACCCCAAAAAUAUUAAAUCUUCUCCUCCACUCCAAAUCCAAAGAGAGACAGACAAAGAAAGAACUCAAAACAAAACGUGAAACAACACAACUUCGAUGAAAGCCGCCUCCGCCGCCGUUUACGGAGACGAGGAAGAAGAAGAGGAAGAAGAAGAAGUCUGUGAUGUUUUCGACGGUGCUGAGGUAGAUUCCAAGAAAAGCAACGAGACCAAAACGCUCAAAGGUUUCUUCACUUCUCUGCUUUUGAUGGAGGAGCACGAGAAGCAAGACCAAGAAGCUCGUAACGCUGCUUCACGCCGCGAAAUGUCCGAUUUCCAAUCUAAUUACCGGAAAAGAGCUAGAACCAUGUCCGAUUACUACUCCGAUCUCAACGAUUACUACGCCGACGCUGAAGAGAGUGGUGAUAUCAAUCUCAAGAAGUCACGCGCCGCCGUUGCUUCCGUUGCUGCUGUUGCUUCGGAGGCUGAGGCGGAGAGCAGUGAGAUAACCGGAUCCGGAUCGGUUAAAAGUACAGGUACGGGUUCGGGUCAACAGAGACGGUUAUGGGUUAAAGAUCGGAGCAGAGCUUGGUGGGAAGAGUGUAGCCGAUUGGAUUAUCCUGAAGAGGAUUUCAAAAAAGCGUUUAGAAUGUCCAAAUCCACGUUUGCGUUAAUCUGCGACGAGCUUAAUUCCGCGGUUGCUAAAGAAGACACCGCGUUGAGAAACGCGAUUCCCGUGCGGCAGCGAGUCGCGGUUUGUAUAUGGAGAUUAGCCACUGGUGAGCCGCUUCGUCUCGUCUCUAAGAAAUUUGGUUUAGGUAUCUCAACUUGCCACAAGCUUGUUCUUGAGGUAUGUAAAGCCAUUAAAGAUGUUUUGAUGCCUAAGUAUCUCCAAUGGCCUGAUGAUGAGUCUCUUAGAAACAUUAGAGAAACGUUCGAAUCGGUUUCGGGUAUACCAAACGUUGUUGGCUCUAUGUAUACCACUCACAUUCCGAUCAUAGCUCCUAAGAUUAGUGUAGCUGCUUAUUUCAAUAAGAGGCAUACUGAGAGGAACCAGAAGACUUCGUAUUCGAUCACGAUUCAGGCCGUUGUGAACCCGAAAGGUGUUUUUACUGACUUGUGCAUCGGAUGGCCAGGGUCAAUGCCUGAUGAUCAAGUGUUGGAGAAGUCAUUGUUGUAUCAAAGAGCUAACAAUGGAGGUUUGUUGAAAGGGAUGUGGGUAGCUGGUGGACCGGGGCAUCCGCUAUUGGACUGGGUUUUGGUUCCAUACACGCAACAGAACUUGACCUGGACGCAGCACGCCUUCAACGAGAAGAUGAGUGAUGUGCAGAGAGUGGCUAAAGAAGCGUUUGGGAGGUUAAAAGGACGGUGGGCGUGUCUGCAGAAACGUACUGAAGUGAAGCUUCAGGAUCUGCCUACGGUUUUGGGGGCGUGCUGUGUGCUUCACAACAUAUGUGAAAUCAGAGAGGAGAGAAUGGAGCCGGAGCUGAUGGUUGAAGUGAUUGAUGAUGAGGUUUUGCCUGAAAACGCAUUGAGAUCGGCAAAUGCGAUGAAGGCAAGAGAUACCAUCUCGCAUAAUCUAUUGCAUCACGGCCUCGCGGGUACUUCGUUCCUAUAAAAAAAAAAAGACUGUGGAAAUGUUCUUUUUAUAGUUUCCUCUUAUAUGAUAAAACUAAAACUUACUUUGAUUCUUUGGUUUAUGCAUAAUGUAUUAUUGUAUCUUUAGAUCACAGAUGAUAUAUGAGGGAAUAGAAGAAACUUAAAUUAUAUAUAUACACAUACUAUACAAUUAGUUCCAGUCUCUUUUGAUGAGUGGUAAACAUGAAUGUACAAUAUAGCUCAGUGAGAUUUCAUUC